AUGACUGAUGCACUGUGCCAUUUAGUUGUAGAUGGAAAUGAGGUCCUGGAAUUUAAAUUGGUGCGAGAUGUUGAUGAACUAGAAAAUGACGAAACAAGUUUCGGUCCCGAGAUGUGUCAUCAGGUCUUCGGUGAAAACGAAAACAUAUUUGGGUACACAGACUUGCACAUAAAACUCUUUUAUAGUGCAGGUAGUCUUCAGACGUACCUUGGGGUUGAGUACACAGAGAAGAUUGAACCAAACAAAUCUGAGGGUAUGAAGGCAGAUGAUGUGGAAGGUGCUCUAACUAAAGUGCUUGCACCAGGAUUCACUACCAAUUUUGACCAGUUUGUCAAUAGGCUAAAGAAAGAUGAGACAUUUGUUCCCUUUGGAAAGCAGAUACAUGCUUUUCAAGCUACCCCUGCUGAUGGUGGUGAAAAACGAUUUUUUGAAGUGUACUACACUGAGACAUCUACCAGUGGUUUCCUAGCUUACCAUCAGAGGUUACAGACCUUCUUGCUGUGGUAUGUUGAUGCAGCCUCUUUCAUUGAUGUGGAUGAUGAUCAAUGGACAUUUUUCACAGUGUAUGAGAAGUUUCAAUCCAGUGAGGGCGGCACCAGGUAUGCUACUGCAGCAUAUGCCACAGUGUACCGCUACUACGCAUACCCGCGUCAUUCUCGUCCCCGCAUCUCUCAAGUCCUCACACUGCCGCCAUUCAGGAAGCUUGGCAUCUGUGCAAACCUUCUAGAGGCAAUUUAUGCUAACUUCAUGAUUCAACCAGAUGUAGUAGAUAUUACUGUAGAGGACCCGUCACAGGAUUUCCAGAGGAUUAGAGACUAUGUUGAUGCAGCAAGCUGUGAAAAUCUUCCUGCCUUUCAUCCUUCAAAACUUGUGCAAGGUUUCUCUCAAGAUAUGGCUAUCCAAGCAUGUAAUAAAUACAAAAUUAAUAAGAAGCAAGCUCGUCGCAUAUAUGAGAUACUUCGCUUGAAGAACACCAACACAUCAGAUAAGACUGCCUACUUGAACUACAGGCUUGAAGUCAAAAAUAGACUCAAUGCGCCUUUCCAGAAAAAGAAAUUAGAAAUGAAGAAACUGCAAAAGGUAUUGAAGCCUGAAGAAUAUGCAGCUACAAUUAGUGCCACGGGCCUGAGUGAGACACACAGUCGUCUGACCAACCAGUACCUUACACUCGAACAGGAGUAUAGACGCGUCAUAAACAGGAUGGAGCGAAAUUAUUUAUAA